AUGACUACGACCACGACUACGACCACGACUACGACUACGACCACGACAACGACUACGAGCACGACAACGAUUACGACAACCACAACCACCACCACCAGCACCACGACAGUCGACCCAACCAUCAAUCAAUGCUACGGUUACGAUUGCGGUGGAGGAGUCUGUUUCGAAAUCGACGAUGUUCCAACAUGCAUCCACGCUACAAUCGGAUUCCUUACUCACGAUAAAAAAAUGACGGUUAAAUGUGGUGACGGGCAAAAAAACCAAAAAUGGAUGAAAACGAAAAAUUUGGAUAAUAAAGGAAUCCAUCACGUGGAAUUUGAAGCGACCCCUAGAAAAAACGAAUAUAUCAUCCACACUCACACACUAUACGCAGACAAGAAGCCAACAAAAGCCGUUUACUUUAAGAACAGCAAGGAUGGAAAUUACCAAUACGUCAAUCAUGUAAGAAUCAGUGAUAUUGAUUCGUCACAGCAUGGAAACACUUGGUUGAUAGAACGAAUCGCCUGUGAUGAUUCAGAGUGUCCUUAUACAGUGAGAGCGGCAGGAGACCAGACAAGAGUUCUUCCAGCUCCUUCAACUACAGCCGCAACGACUGACAAGACAAUGAAAGUUCCACUCACAACAAUGUCUUCAACUUUGACAACGACUUCAAAUUCAUUCGCAGAAACUACUGAGGAACCGAAAAUGACUACAUUUUCCCCAAUCACAUCAUUUUCUAUGGAGACAAAGAGUGUGCCUACAACUAUGGCAUCGACAAACCAAGAAUCAACAUCCGCUUCAGAGACAACAGCGACGGAGGAGAGUCCAACUUCAAUCAUGAUCGCAACUUCAGAACUCAGCGUUGAUGAGUCCGAAACAUCGUCAAUUACUAUAACAACUCUACCUUCAACGAUGACAGAGACAACGAGUUCAAUCAUACCUUCACAAACAACAUCAAUGUCAGCAUCAUCUUCAAUUUCAACCGCAGAAAUGAUAACAACGACAACUUCUCCGAUUGAUUCUACUACCUAUUCAUCAAUCGAAACAACAACAAUGUCAGCAGACAUCGAGACAACACCAACUCAAGCUCUGGAAAUCUGCGAUAAAAAUAAGGUCACAAUAAUAGAUGAUUUCAUCGAACCACGAAGAGACAAUCAUGUUGGAUCUGGCGAGGCAACAUUGUAUUUUGCUUUCAGUAUUGAUAUCUUCUGCAACAACUCGAUGCCACUUGGUGAAUUCAUCAACAUUUUCCACGUGACCGCUGGUGAUAAUAUUGGUCACCCUGGCGACCGAGUUUUUGGGAUCUGGAGAAAUAUCAAUGACACUGAUCUUCACAUUGCUAUUCAUCACAAAAAUCCAAGCGUCAACUAUCAAAAAGUAACGAUGGCGCCUUGUGAUGAAGGAGAAUGGAACACAUACUCCCUCGAAUUGAAAGCGCUCUCCGAUGAGAAAUCGAAGGAUGAAAAGGUUGAGCAUGUAAUGAAACGAGAUGGAGAAAUUCUUACCUCUGGAAGUUACGAUAUUUCUGGUGCAUAUUCUUCUGGUCCUUUAAAUUUUUACGUCAGCGAUCCAUGGCACCCUGCAGCUUCUCCUUUUCUAGUCAAAAAUUUCUUUUACUGCUUUGAUGAAUAA